AUGCAAAGAAUGGCAAGUUGGACUCACGCUAGGGUCGAGCGCGAGGCAGAGUCCAACUGGAGCGCGGCACCCACGCGCACGCAGUACAAGUCCUCGGGAAAUCGAAAACUGAACAGAGCAGAUAUCAAAGAGAUCAAAUCAACUCUGACUCUCGAUCGCCCAGCCAUUCCUGACGCAGCUGGGUACCCAGAAAAGUACUCUGUGCAAUGCCCAACUCUCUUGAACUCGACGCGGAGACAGGCGGCAGACGACAGACGACAGACGACAGACGACAGACGACAGACGACAGACGACAGACGACAGACGACAGACGACAGACGACAGACGACAGACGACAGACGACAGACGACAGACGUGGAGGCCAAGCAACCAACAGGCAGUAGCUUUGUUAGACCAGGAAUUGUAAUUCAGCCAUAG